CUUCACUAGUAAAGCAUUUUCUGCUUGUUUCGCGAGUCAAAGAGUGAACAUUAUGAUUAUAGUUACAUGUCCAGAAAGCGAGCCCACCAAGGGCCCGCUGCGCAAGGCAUAGGUUAGCAACUAGACAGGUAAGGCUACGACGCUAGCCCCUAAGUCACCAAGCUAGCGACGCGCGGCCGGUUCAGAGUGGACUAUCGUGGACGCCCCUCAUGGCUAAGCAGGCGGCUGCCGCUGUCUUGUGGCUAAGGUAGCAAUCUGGCUAUGGCUAAGCUAGCGAGCUGGAGUGGCCAUGGCAGAGCUAGCGAGCUAGAGAAGGUGGAGCUAGCAAGCUGGCCAAGAUUAGGCUAAGAGGCUGGCCUUGGCUGCCGGGCUAAGCUAGCAGGGUGGCCAGGGCCAAGCUAGCUAGCUAGCUGGCUAUGUAUGGCUAAGAAAGCAGCUGCUGCGCUAGGUCUCGCAAAGGAAGGAGCUACCAAGCUAGCCAUGGCUAAACACCUAGUUGUACGUAGCAAGCUAGCUAUGGCCAAGCAGCUAGCAAACUAGCUAUCGUGGCCAAGUAGCUAGCUUGCUAGCUGGUGCUAAAUAGGGCCGAGCAGCUACCUAGUAAGCUCGCAAGCUACGGCGCAGCAGCGAGCAAGCUAGCGAUGCCUAAGCAGCCAGCGCGCUAGCUAUGUCUAAGCAAUGCAAAGCAGCUAGUUCUAUAGCUAUGGCCAAGCAGGUGCCUUGCUAGCUAGCUAUGGCUAAGCAGCUAGCUAUAUAGCUAUGGCCAAGCAGCUAGCAGGCUAGUUAUGGCUAAGCAGCUAGCAGGCUAGUUAUGGCUAAGCAGCGAACAGGCUAGCUAGGGCUAAGCAGCCAGCAAGCUAGGGCCCACCUAAGAGGUGGCGCUGGCCCUUAAGGGAGGGCUUAUUAUCAGCCUAAGUCUAUCUCUAUCACAGCUGCUCCUGAAGGGGCCUCCUUAAGGAGCAUUAAAAUUAAAUACUAAUAUUAAAUUAUCGACCCUCUUAACUUGUUCAGGUUCUUGCACAUUAAGAAUUAUCUAUGAUCAUCAAUAUGCAACCAUAAUGAAGAAAAUCACAUAAUCUUCAUCAACGUAGCAAUAUUCUUGACACGACAUAACUUUAACUAAAAUUAGAAUGGGAAUUAUUUAUCACAAGAACUAAUACUAAAAUUGGAACAAUGGUCCUUAAUAAAGAUCAGUCAAAACUUCUAUCGCAUGGAGUACCUGCAGCUGUGAUUUAAUUUGAUUGGUUCUGAUUAACAUUAAUGAGCAGCAGUAUCUAUCAACAUCAUCGUUGAUAGGACAUGAUCGAGCUUCGGAAGUCGUUGAAGAUUUGAACCACGGAUGAUCUUCUUACUGCUCAGUUAUCUGCACAGAUGAGCCAUGUAGUACAUAGUAAGAUUAUUUGCACAGCUUCAGGCAGAUGAAGAACGUGUAGUAGUAGUCCAGUAUGAUUUAAACAAUUUCCGUCCUCGUAAUGGAAGGACCUCAACAACGACAUUGACAUGUGCCAGGAGCUGCGUUCUUCGAUACAGACACUAGUAACAUGCAACUGAGUAUUUAAUAGAACAACUACUUACGAUUGGGAAAUUAUUCAUCGCAAACUAUAGGAAGAUUCGUG